UCCAAUUAAGAGGCGCGGUGGCGAGAGCCUGUUGCUAGGCGGUUCCUUCGCCGUUUGUUUUGAAUUUUGGCGGCGGCCGAAGACGGGUUUCUUAUUCGGAAUUAUUCGUUGUUUUAAUUACGCCUCCCUAUAGCCAUACGGCCACCGGUGAUGGCGAAGCCGGCGAGGGAAAGUGAGGUUUUGGCCUCCUCCCUAGUGAAUAGUGUGACCCAGGCUUUUGGAAAGCUUAUAGACUUAUGGAACGAAAUGGGUAUCAGCAGAGAACUGCAGCUGGAGCGCAUGCAGACAGCUAAGGCGCACAUUGAGGCUCUGUUGAAUGAAAUGAUUGAGGAAGAAAGUAAUUUGAAAGAAAAAAUUGAAAAUGACAUUGAAAGACAGAAAUCUCAGUUGAAUAUCGUGAGAUAUGAACUCAAGCUGGACCCCUACCAGGUUGGUGAUGGCUUAUCCAUCAUCCAGUUAGAAAAAGAGUUUCGUCUGGCUUUAGAAGGCGCCCUUAAAGAAAAACAAGAGAGGCUGACGAAGUUGAAACAGCUGCAGCUAGAGGAGCAGACACUAUGUUCAGAGCUUUACGCUAUUCCAUACUACAUACCGACUGGCAGUGUUCCAAGUUGUUUGCAGCUGGAAGAAUUAGACGAACAUGUUCAGCACCUCUUGAAAGUGAAGGAGCAAAGAUUGAAAGAGUUUUUUAAACUAAGGGAAAAAGUCAGGCAGUAUAAUAAAGAAAUUGGACACACACCAGAUGGGACACUGGAAAAUGAUAUGUUGGGCGAUGAAGAAGAAUGCAUUUGCCUUACAAAGAAGAACCUUGAGGAUCUCGAAUUGCUUGUUCAUCAGUUGCAGGUCAAGAAAGACUCUCUAAUUGCCAGCAGGGAUGUUCUGGAGAAAGAGGUACAAGUUUUGUGGGACAGACUUCAACAGCCACAAGAGAAGCAGGAGCAACUCACAAUGCUGGCAAGCAGAUGUCCUAUUUCUGAAGCAAUAAAAAUGUGGGAAGAGGAGUUGGAGAACCUGGAAGUGCUGAAGAAGGAAAGUUUAAAACAAAUUACUUUCAGAGUCAGGCAAGAACUUCAUGAUUUCUGGGGAAAAUGCUUUUAUUCUGAGGAACAAAGAGCUGCGUUUCAGCCCCUUUUAAAUGAUAAUUUCUCUGAAGAGUUGUUGAGUCAACACGAUGAAGAACUUUUGAGAAUAAAAGAGGUUUAUGAGAAAAACAAACACCUAUACGAUAAUGUUCACAAAUGGAAUGCCAUCCGGGAGCGUUUGGGUGAACUGGAGAAAAAAUCAACAGAUCCAAGCAGACUUCUAAACAGAGGGGGUACCUUACUCAAAGAGGAAAGGGAAAGAUCCAAGCUUCAAAAACAAUUGUUAAAGUUGGGGGAAGAACUGAAGAAAGAUACUGAAGACUGGGAGAAGGAAAACAAUUCACACUUCCUUGUUAAUAAUCAGAGGUUUCUGGACUCCAUGGCCCUUCAAUUGCAGCAUCACAAAAUUAAGAAAGAUCAACCCAAAAUUUCAGUGAAGAGGGAUGAAUGUGGAACUCCCAAAUCAGCUAAUAAAAGACCUGCAGGAGGUGUGAACAUGCCACCUCCUAGCAAGAUGCGGAAAGUAAAUAAUCUUUCGGUCCAACAGGCAAUUAUCUGAUAGAAAUCGUGUGCAUGCUUCGAAGCCAAAGUACAAGUAGCCCUCUUCAACUAGCUUGCAUCAGCCAGAAGCAAAGUACUGUAAUGACAAGUUGCCUUCUUUUAUUUGACAGAACCCCUGUAUGUGUGUAUGGGAAAUUCAUCCAGAAUACAUAAAUGUAUCAAGGAGAUAGUGAUCUGCCAUGGUUACCCUUCCUGCCUCUGUUCCUUCCCCUUACCUUGCUCUUGUUAAGUUUUUUGAUGGUGUGAGAACAGUCUUUAAUGUCUUGAAGGUUGGGAUGAGGUAAAGCCAGGGGUGUAGGAAGGGGUGGUGGUGGGGGCGGAUUGCCCCAGUUGCCUUCACCCAAGGGGGUGACAUUCGGCAUGCCGCCCGCCCACAACUCCCAAGCCUACUCCGAGCCAUUCCCCCCUUCCCCCUUCAUUUUGACAGCUUGGGUGAUUGACUCAAUGGAUAUGGUAAACAAUCACCCAUCUCCUACUACCCUUCAGAGAAAUACCCCACCCCACCCUCCCACUAUAUAUAAGGGUCUGGUGACUUCUGUUUCAGUGUAUCUGAAGAAGUAUGCAUGCACACGAAUGCUUAUACCCAGAACAAACUUAGUUGGUCUAUAAGGUGCUACUGCACAAUUUUUUAUUUUUUAAAUUGUUAUUAUUACUAUUACUACUGAUGAUGAUGAUGAUGAUGAUGAUGAUAAUUAAAUUUCCACACCACCUUUAAUCCGAGGAUCACAAAACAAUUUACAAAAUUAAAACACAAACUACAUACCAUAGUAACAAAAACAAACACACACACACACACAGUUUAAAAGGCCAUAGAUUAAACAAUUAGCCAAAGCCUUGGGAGAAGAGGAUAUGUAAUGAAAGUGCCAGACAAGUAUCUCUGCAGAGAAUUCAGCAAGCAGGAAGUAACCUGCAGACCUCUCAUGAAGAAGGCACAAAAUUGCAGGGUCCAGGUUGGCUCAUAUGUAAUCUUAAGUUAUGUGACAAACAAGAGUCUGAUUUGAAUUACAAUAAUAAUUUACUCAUACCAUUUAGAUAGUUGUAGGAAACUUGUUGUCCAUGGAUUUCUUACCUGUCCUUCACCAUAAAGUCCCAAGGCAGGUGACCUUUUUUUUUAACAGUUAUAACUUUAUACUUGUAAAAUCAAAUAAAAACUAUCUCAAAUACAUACUCAAAUUUAGAGAUUUCUAUGAAUAUCCAGACUUCUCACCAUCCCCUCCAUGGGUCCUAUUAUCAUUUUCAACUGCAUAUUAUUUCAUCAUCCAUAUUUUAGGUCUAUCCAUAUUAUCCAACGUUACAAGUUUUGUUAAAAUUCUGCUAAUGUUUCCAUUAAUUGGAUAUCUAUAUUACAUGGGUUGCAGCUCCCUCGAGGGAGGGUGAUGUCCAAUUUCAUUUCAUGAACACCAGAUGGCAGUGCAUCAUAAAGAAAGCAGCCUUUCCCACAAACACAUCCUUCAAAAAAAAUCUGUAAGACAGCCAUGUAUUUGACCGUGAAGCACUAUAAACUAGAGAUGUUUCCCUCCGGGAGACACCCUUUGGGAAAAGUGCUACAGCACAUGCGUCAUCCUCCUAGCCUCACCCACUUUUCCUUUUCCCCGCCUCCCCAGACAUUGUGUGCUUGUGUGGAUUCCACUGUUGGAUGUCUACUUCACACGAAACGGAGAACAAAACACUGAACACUUAGCAAUGAAUAGACUUUCUGCUUUGAUGAAAAUAUUGUUAUAGAAAUUCUAAGGUCUUAUAUAUAUAAAGUAAACGUUCAUAAAUGUACAAGGCAAACACAUAAGUGUCAGAACAAUCCUGAAGCCAUUUUGACUCUUCCAGUAACCUCAGAUAUUAUCUGCAGUGAGGAAGGAAAUGGGGAAGACUCUGCAUUGUCUCUGCUCACAAAUCCUGUCUUCAGGGUGUAUUUGUGUAUGAAUACAUAGCUGCCAAGUUUUCCCUUUUCUCGUGAGGAAGCCUAUUCAGCAUAAGAGAAAAUCCCUUAAAAUAACAUUGAACAGUGGGAUAAAAUAAGGGAUAACUUAAGGGAUAAAAUAAGGGAUAACUUGGCAGCUAUGAUGAAUAGGGUGAGCCUUUGACCUGGAUUCAGGAACUAAGUAUUUAACAUCUCAAAAGGAAUGGCCAGGCUGCCCAGGUAAAGCAAUCAGUGACCAUUAUCGGGUAUCCUGCCAAACAGGAUUUCUGUUGUAGACUGCCUCCUUCAGUGAUGUAUAUGAUGCCUUUGGGGGUGGUCUCGAGCUACAGGGUGGGCAAUUUCAAAAGUCUAUAUAAGGGCUUGCACACCAUUGUUCGGGGUUCCCCUCCUGCCUCCAGCGUGUGGUUGUGAGCACCCUGUUGCAACAGUUUAAUAAAGAUCAUGCUUACUAGCGGCUUUGCUUUUCAAUAUUCUCUGGUUGGCCUCUCUUAUUUUCUCCUUCCAAUAGGUGUUGAAAUGUAAUAUAUAAAGUAAAAAUAAUAUUGGGAAUGACUGAGUACUAAACACAAAUCACCCAGUUACCAGUGGCCCCUUAAAGUAUGCUUCACGCAGAGUAUGUAUGCGCAGUUAGAAGUUGACCUGGCUAAGCAAAACGUCACCAAGAGUGUAGGGUAUAAUCUGCCUUGUGUGAAACCCCUUACUAGCUGUAUGCUUGUCAAAGCAUACAGAUGAAAGACAAACUGUUGGGUUUCUUCAACGGAAAAACAAACCGACUCUAAAGGCUUUAAACUAAAGAUAAAUACUUUCUCCCACAUCCAAAACCUCCCACAAAACUCUCAUUAAACUACCCAAGAACUAUCAGCAAACAAAGUAAUUAUACUAAGGUUUAACUAAAGGGAUCUCUUAAACUAAGAACAAACAGAGAGUGAUCCAUAACGAGAUGUAUCAAACUGCAAGAUCUAGCAAAGAGAUGAGGAAGGCUUUCUGGCAGAGCCUUAUAUACAAAAAAAACAGAGCCCACGCCUGUGAGCAAUUAAGAGAAACGCUUGCACCUGUUUCUCUUAAACAGACAGUGUUUACAUUAGACCGGCACUAAAGUAAUGACUAUUCAAAACAAAAUCCAACAUGAUUGUUUCCACAAACAUUAGGGAGAGGGAUCGUAGUUCUUGAAGGAUGCAUGGUAGAAAACACAACAAGUAGUUAGAAAGUAGUAUCUGAAGAAGUGUGCAUGCACACGAAAGUUCAUACCUAUGACAAACUUAGUUGGUCUCUAAGGUGCUUACUGGAAGGAUUUUUUUUAUUUUUAUUUAGAAUGCAUGAGUUCACUUCAAGUUUAAUAGUCCACAGACUUUCAAAGUCCAACAAAACAAGCAUUUGGUUCCACUCAAUGGGUUUGUACGCGCUAAAAAAUACAGAACGGCUCACUAACAAUGCAGGUUUUCAUUGUUAAAAUGUUUAAAUAGCAUUUGAAUAGCCAGUACCCUGUAGUAAUUCUGUAAAAAGUUUCUUAAUGGGAUUGUGAAGGUUGUGUAAUAGAAGCUUUGCAAGACUCUGUUACAUAAGGUUUUGUAUCCAUGACACUGGAAGUCAGAAACCACUAAAGAAUUUCCUGUGAAGGGGACAAUGACCAAAGGACAAACUGAUCAUUUAAUCUCUAUGAUAAAGUUACAAGAUUUGUAUAGUAUGUCUUCUAAUUCUUCACUAGCAUAUGCAAUUUGCAUAAGCUGCUUUCUUAUGGCACAUUGAAGCAAAUGAAUGUAAAUGCUUUCUGAUACUUUGAGUAAAAUUAUGUUCUCAAGUAAUUAGCACAGCUUCCUGAAUUCUGUAAGAUGAUCCUAUUUAUGCAGUUGUCUUUAUUUUUUCCCCUUUCACCAGAACAAGGAAGUGUUCAGAGAAAUGCGGUCAAUAAAAUGACUGUUGGUAAUUGUGAAUGG